GCGGCCGCGGGUUGGCGGCGCGAUGGCGGCCGCGUCUGCCGGCUGUGAUAUGUUUGAUGAGAUCGUGAUGGCCGAGGAGAGGUUUCACGGUGAGGGGUAUCAAGAGGGGUAUGCUGAGGGCAGUCACGCCGGGGCUGUGGAGGGCAGGAGGUACGGAUCGCUGCACGGCGCCAAGGUUGGGUCUGAGAUUGGCUGCUACCUUGGGUUUGCACUGACAUGGCGGUGUCUGCUUCAGAAAUGCACAGAUGAGAAGAACAGCAAAAAGAUAAAGGCUCUGGAUUUAUUAGUAAGGAUGAUUCAGAAGUUCCCAUAUGAAGACCCCACUUACGAUAAGUUGCAAGAAGACCUGGAAAAAAUCAGAGGCAAAUUUAAACAGGUUUGUUCAGUGCUAAAUGUUCAGUCUGAUUUUAGAAUCAGUACUGAAAGAUCUUCACUGACAUUUUGAAUGUAGCAGAUGAAGAUAAAUGUGGAUGACCAAAGAAGAAACAUUAAGAGAACAGAUAACUGGAAAAGUGUUUUAUCGACUCUUAUUUUAUACAAUAUCAAAACAGUGAAGAGGUGCUAAAUACUAAAGAGGAAAAGAAAACCGUUGAUAUUAAAGGGAAACCCAUUGAACUUGCAGUAGUACUUCUCACAUGUCAUUUAACAUGUAUUGUCUCCAGGUUUUAUUUAGGAUUGCUGAAACACUACUGGUAAACCCAUUCAAUAGAAAUAUUUGCUUUAAUUCCUCACUGGCUUUGCACCGAUGGAUUGAUUCUUAAAAAGGAAAACAGAGACAUUUGCAGAAUUUCCUUAUUUGAAGGGUCUAUGGUGCUUAAAAAUCUGUGUAUGCAGAUCAUUCAGUUUACACAAUGUGUAGAUGUUACAGGUGAAGUAAAAUAUAAUCAGUCCCCUGCAGACUUUGCAGUGGGAAACACUUUUGUGUGUUAAGAGUAGAAUGACAAGUGAAAUCUGAAUGAGAAGAAAGAUUAAGAUACCUUUUAUGAAGUCGCAGCAGCUCAGAAUAGGAAACACACACUUUCCUUUUCAGACUGAUGCAGCAUGUGUGUGGGAGGGGAACCCUACCAAACCUCCAAAAAGCCAGCAAUUUCAGUGAUCAAUGAGAGAAAUGUGACUACCAGAAGAGUUGUAACACUGACACUAGUAUUUGUUAGGACCUUUUAUUUUCCAGUCUUGAAAAUAGAUUUCUUAGCCUCAUUCAGAAAAAAGGAUGCUGUCAGCUAAAUGUAUUCAACUGGGUUAGUUUAAGAGAAAUACAGUCAGUUAUCUUACCUGGAAAAUGGUUCAGAUAUCUUUGCAUACCAUAUGCAAAACAGUUGUAUAAUGAAUACAUACUUCCUUGAGUUGUAAUGUGUGUGUGUGUCUGGCCAAGUCCACAUGGCAUAGUGGAGCUUCAUAAAGACAGAUCUGCCUACCCUGGGUAUCAGAAGCUGGGAAGUAUCCAGGUGAAGUUGAAGGACAGAUUUUCAUGUGGCCAUAUCCUUGAACAGCAGCACUUUGUGCCAUUUAAACCAUGUGCAUAUGUAUUAAAUACAUAGAGAUGACUUUUUAAAAAUGAUGAUUUAAACAAUAGAUCAUAUAAAAAUGUAUUUUACAAUGAAUUUUUACUUGUUGUCUGUUUUUCUUAACUGGUUACGGGUGUAUAUCCUUUUGUUUAAUUGUCUUAUACAUUAAAGUAUUCAAAUAGCUUUCAUAAACGGUGAGUGUCAGGGCCAUCUAGUGGAGAAGGUCUUUGUGUGUAAGAAACAGCUUCCAGAGUUCACAGAUAUCUAUAUAGAAGUUGUUAAAAUACAGAUUACAGAACAUAAUGUGUGCCAGAUACAGCUCUUGUAAUUAAGUGGUGGAGUUUCUUUGACAGAAAGUAAUGUUGAGGUAGGAUUCAUCUGUGGCUUGUUUGCUCAUUUGAGAUCUUGGAAGGGACAUGACAACAUCGACAGUCUCUUCAGGGCAGUUGGUGUACAGCUGGCUUCUAAUUGUUGUACAGCCAGCUUCUAAUUGUUGUACAACCAAACCACUGGGAGCCAGCACAAGCACCAAACUGCAGGUGCCUGAAAAUAGAAGCAAAAUAAAAUGCCAUAACCUGUAAUCUCAGUAAAAAGGGAGGCACAAAACAAAAAGAUCACAUACUGGAGUAGCUGCUUGCACUUUAUAAUCGCUUCAGAGAAAUCCAAAUUUGGAAAAGUUGUCUCUGCAUCUACAAACUAGUUUAUUUUUGCAAAUCAAACUAUUUUCAUAGAAUCAUGGAAUGGUAGGAGUUGGAAGGGACAUUUAGAGCUCAUCCAGUCCAACUCCUCUGCCAAAGCAGGUUCACCUAGAUCAGGUCACACAGGAACAUGUCCAGGUGGGUUUUGAAGACCUCCAAGGAAGGAGACUCCACAACCUCCCUGGGGAGCCUGUGCCAGGGCUCCCUCCAGUUUACUUCAGAUUAAUGAAAGGUUCUAGAUAUUUGCUGGUGAUUAACUGACUCAAAAUAUUUUUGUUGGAGUUCAUUAAUUAAGCUUUAAUUAAACUCCCCUUGGAUCUGGAUCUAAAAAUAGCAGUUUCAUAGUUGUUCUGAAUGAUAGUACAAAGAGAGGUAAAAACUGCUUUUUGUGUUUUAAAAUGCAGCUUUUUGGGGGGAAUCUUUGUACCUGGUGUACAAGAAAUAUAUGUAGAAACAAGGGAAGGCAUGUGAGAGCUCAAAGUAUCUGUGAGGGAUUUGACUACAGGAAUGGAUGAUGUGUAAAUUAUAUGCAAAGUGCUACUCUAGAGCUAUUAUCAAAACCAAAAUGAUUUUGAUUUGCCUGAGGAGAGAAAGAGUCUUUGCAGAUCAAGAGGUCAAUGCCUGAUUUGGAAAGUUGAUUUGUUGGCUAAUUUUCUUGUAUUGCUUUAAUUUUAUUUAUAACAAAAUAAUACUGCUAGAAUAAACUAUGAUAUAAAUAGAUAUGUAUAUACAUCUAUUUAAAGAUUGUAGCAACCAGGAUUUCAGACUGGUAUAUGCCAGGUUUAGGGCUGUUAGUCCUUGAAUUUAGCUCCAUAUGUAUAUACAUACUGAUGGGAGUCUCUUGUUCCACGAGUCUGUAUAUUUCUGAAUAUCUUCUGUUUCAUGUCUUGUAUGGGCCUGAUGGUGUUUAUUAAAUGAGGUGUGGUUGACAA